UCAGUUUCAGGGACGGGCUAAUUUCACUACUAGAAAGACGUAACACAGGAACAACAGAGCAAUAACAAAAGUACGGUUGUGUAGCUGCUAUCUCCGCCUUAGUCAGCUUUCGAUUUUGAUAAAUAGCGACGAAGUAGAGCACAGUCGCAUUCGUCUCGUUCAAUCAUAACCAUGGCAGCCCAGGAUUUUAAUAUUUUACUGGCGACAGACUCAUACAAGAUCACACACUACAAGCAGUACCCUCCCAAUGUCAGCAAGGUCUACUCAUACUUUGAGUGCCGCCGCAAAAAGGGGGGCACCCAGUUCAGUGAGAUUGUGUUUUUUGGCCUUCAGUACCUCCUGAAGAAGUAUCUUUCAGGACGAGUCAUCACUGAGGAGAAGAUUCAGGAAGCCAAAGUAUUUUACCAGAUGCACUUUAGACAGACUGUGUUUGAUGAGGAAGGCUGGAGGAAAGUGCUGGAGAAGUAUGAUGGCCGUCUCCCAAUUCGAAUCAAAGCGGUUCCUGAGGGGAAGAUCAUUCCCAGAGGAAACGUCCUCUUCACAGUGGAAAACACAGACCCAGAUUUCUUCUGGCUCACCAACUAUAUUGAGACCAUGCUGGUCCAGAUGUGGUAUCCCAUUAGUGUGGCGACCAUUUCCCGGGAGUUUAAGAAGAUCCUGGCCAAGCACAUGAAGGCCACAUCAGGCAGUCUGGAGGGCCUGGACUUCAAACUGCAUGACUUUGGCUACAGAGGGGUUUCCUCGCAGGAGUCUGCGGCAUUAGGCGGGGCAGCCCACCUGGUGAAUUUCUGCAGUACAGACACUGUAGCAGGGCUACUGAUGGCCCAGCGAUACUACGGCUGCCCCAUGGCAGGCUUCUCUAUGCCUGCAGCAGAGCAUAGUACGAUCAUCUCGUGGGGGCGGAGCAGGGAGAAGGAGGCCUUCGAGAGCAUGCUGGACCAGUUCCCGACAGGGCCGGUGUCAGUGGUCAGUGACAGCUACGACAUCUUCAAGGCUUGUAGAAACAUCUGGGGAGACAAGCUGAAGGAGCGCGUGAUAGAGCGGAGCGAAGACUCCUGCUUGAUCAUCCGGCCUGACUCAGGAGACCCCGCAGAGACCCUCAUCGAGGUGAUAAAGAUUUUGGAGGAGUGCUUCGGUUGCUCUCUGAACUCUCAAGGCUUCAAGGUGCUGCCAUCUUACCUGCGUAUCAUCCAGGGCGACGGCAUUGAUCUCAACUCAGUUGAUGAGAUCCUGGAGAAGUUGAGUGACGAAGGCUGGAGUGCUGAGAACGUGUUCUUUGGCUGUGGGAGCGCCCUCCUUCAGAAGCUCAACAGAGACACACUCAACUGUGCCUUCAAAUGCAGCUAUGUGGAGAUCAAUGGGAAGGGGAUGGAUGUGUACAAGCAGCCUGUGACCGACCCGUCCAAGGGGUCAAAGAGAGGUCUUCUGUCACUUAGGAGAAACUCUGAUGACUACAUUGAGACUGUGGAGCGAGGGGUGGGCAAGCCACAGGAGGACAUGCUGGUGAUUGUGUUUGAGAAUGGCUCCAUCGUGCAGGAGUACACUCUGGAGGAGAUCCGGAAGAAUGCUCGGCUCCAAGAAGACUAUAUCGCCCCUUCCCAACACAACCAGGACGAGCCCAAGAGCCUGGAGCUACACCAGAAACACAUAAUGAACGGGGUGCAUUAAGCAACCAACACACCCACCUGUAAAGCAAUGCACUAACUGUCCGAAAACUGGAGGCAUAACGUAUACUGAACUGGGUUUACUCAUUGCCAGAAGGCCUACUACAGUUCACCAUUAGAGGAGUGCUCUGAUUGUCAGCGAACAUAAGAAUGGUGUUAUUGGAGCUGCACCAUAAGCAAACUUUUUUGUGGGGGGG